AACGUCAAUGAUUAUGAUAACAAAAAGUCUGUCAUGUAAAGUCUAGACCUCUCAAUUAUAUUAAGUGUAUAAUCUAUGUCUAGACCUACAUAAAUUUAUCAAAGAUACUGCCUAAAUAUUUAUAUCGUUAAUUUAAAAACAUUAAAUUAUUAUGUCAAAUUACACAUAAGAGCAUUGAAAUAUAAGAUUAAUAAAGAGUGAAUGUUGAUUUCAUUAUGUUAGGAGGUGCUAAACUAAAAGUAGUGUUUACUCACGAAAAAACUUGCUUCGCAUAUAUAAGUCCAAAGUACAGUAGUAAUAAUGAACAGUCUCAGUGCCUUCAAGUUCUAUACAAAGACAAGCACCUGUUUUUAUGGGUGGUGUACAGCAGUGGUGUUGCGGAAGGACAAAUAGCUUGCAAUCCAGUGCAUAGUCAACUGAUUGGCUUAGAUGAGGGAGCUGAUGUGUUUGUCUCACCAUACGGUGAUGUGCGAGUGCUGGAUGAAUUGUAUAUAGAUACGGACAGCCCUGAUGACCAGGAGUUGUUGGAACACAAUGCGGAAUUACUGCAGCUACGAAUACUAGAUCAGCUUCGAUAUGUGGCGGCACAUCAAAAAUGCGUCGUGUGGAUAUUUUCAUCGAUGCCCAUCGUUUUCACGCCGAAGCAGACCGGCUUGCUAGUGAACCAGAGCCGCGUAGUCGUUAAAGUUAACGCGUUCAAUAGCUACCAAGGCUUCCAAACAAAACCUCCAGCGCCAAACGAACCCAAUGGCCCUUUUAAAAAUAUAGGCUUAAUAAACGAAGAGAUGCUUCGUCCAUAUUUGAACUCACCAAAGAGGCUUGUAUUGCGUUCGGUACCUAUAGACAGCGACGGCAAAAAGAAUUUGAUACAUCCUUACACGGUUUUCAUACAUGAAGAUUUAAUAGACGAAUGCUUCAAAAAUUUAACUGUUAUAUUAUCGACCAUGAAUUCUAUUCCUUCGAUUCUGAGCGAAACUGAUGAAGACGAUAAAGAGAACAAUAAUAACGCCAUAAACGAUUUGUGCGUUGAAAUUGUGCCCAUAGACGGUAUCAUAUACAGGAGCUUGAGCCGCGAAGUGUACAACAGAAACAUACCGACAGUGUUGAUACCGAAAUCGUUGAAUGCCAUUAUCAACAUUGAGAAUGGAACGAGAAUUAUAUUCAACAUAAUCGGGGAUACGGUAGAGCAACCUGUGCACAUUGAAUUGGUGACGUAUACAGAAGAAAAACAAACAGAAGUCGAUGUUAUAGACAGAUUCAAGAAAUGCGUCAUAGAGAACACGCAUUCAGGCAAAAGAUUUUUAAUAAAUAACGGCAUAGUUAAGCAGAAUAGUCAGAUAAGCGAUGGUUAUUUGCGGUUCAAUUUGAAACCAGACGGUUUGAAAUAUACCCUCUUGGAUUCGGAGAGUUUGAGGCAUUUCACUACGAAGGCAACGUGCCUUAACGACACGGAUUUAGUCCUGCCGAAACGCAGCGCCUCCCGCAUGGAGUAUGAUUUCAAGAACUAUUGCAGGACAUUGAAAUCAAUAGAGACUUUGAUCAGUAAAGUUCUCUCGCAUUUGUAUUUCGAAAUACAUAGAGAGGCGACGUUUAAAAAUGCAUCAGAGAUUAAAAGCAACGUUCUGAUCACGGGGUCCAGUGGUAUGGGUAAAACAUCGUUGUGUCACAUAAUCGAGAAGGAGCUGACGGUCUGGUCUCAUACGUUGCACUGCAGGGCGCUCAGGGGCCGUAAGGAUAUACCGGAGAUCCUGGGCAAAGCUAUCCUCAUGUGCCAAGAGCACAGUCCGGCUGUAUUGAUCUGCGACGACGUGGACUCCAUGGUACCGCCCGAUAUGGAGGGAGUUUCGCCCCAGGAUAUAGCGUAUUAUCAGAGAUUAGCCGUGGUCAUCAAGCACCUCCUGCAGACGUGCGCGGGUGUGUGCGUGCUGAUGACGUCACUCUCAAUGAAGUCCCUGCACCCGGUCCUCAGGCAGUUCAACGGGAAGCCGCUGUUCACGGCGCACUUCGAUAUACCUGAAGUUGAACAGGAUGAAAGAGUGGAGCUGUUCAAGCAUUUGAUGAACGAGAAGAUCCGUCAGCAGUUCGAGGUAGCGGACGAUGACGUCAUCACGUUGGCCAUGGACACCGCCUCGUGCACAGUGCGGGACAUCAUCGACCACUUCAAUAAGAAGAUAUUUAAAGCCGUCAAGAUGAAAAAAGCGAACCCAGACAUUGCGAAGCCUCGUUUAGUCGAGGAAACUGCUAAGGACACGGAGAAAACUACCGCGUUCGACAUAUGGGGGCCGGUGGGGGGCUUGGAGGACGUCAAGCGGGAACUCACGGAGUGUAUCUUCUGGCCUGUCAUGUACCCAGCGUUGUUCCCGUCACAAUCCUGUGGGAUCCUACUGUACGGUCCCCCCGGAACCGGCAAGUCCUACAUCGGGUCCUGUCUCGCCAGACUCAACAAUAUGCACAUGAUAACAGUGAAAGGACCAGAGCUUCUCUCCAAGUACAUAGGGCAGAGCGAGAAGGCUGUUCGGGAUGUCUUCGACAAAGCGGACAUGAAGCGUCCUUGCAUAUUGUUCUUCGACGAAUUCGACAGUCUCGCGCCCAAACGUGGUCACGACUCGACCGGGGUGACGGACAGAGUGGUGAACCAGCUGCUGGCGAGGAUGGACGGCGCCGAGGGCGGGGCCAGGGGUCCCGUUAUAGCGGCCACAUCGAGGCCGGACCUGGUGGACCCGGCGCUGCUGAGAGCCGGCAGACUUCAGAAGCAUAUCUACUGCGAACUGCCCGAUAGGUGGGGCAGACACGAAGUACUCCAAACAUUGACGAAGAAUCUAACCGUAGACCAAGAGGUAGACCUCCGAGAGUUGUCUGAGCGCACCGAGGGCUACACUCCCGCCGAUCUCAAGUCCUUACUGGUCACGGCGCAACUGACAAGACUAGAGAAACAAUUGGCUCACAACGACGACACGACAUUGGGGUCCGUGGUGGUGCAGCAAGAAGACAUCGAUGGAGCUUUGGAGGAAACCAAACCUUCGCUGUCGAGAGAACAAUUACUGUUCUACGAUAUGAUAUACAAAAGGUUCAGAGGCGAGACUCUGACGUCCGAACAGAAGAUAAUGGCCGGCCGGUUUGAGAAGCAACGCGCCACUUUGGCUUAAAAGAUACAUAGAUGGAGAGAAUAAUUGACACAAAAUGCGUUUCUCGAAUUGUGUGAUUAUUUUUUAAAUAAUAAUGUACGAGUCAUUUUUACUUAGGGGUAAAAAAUUAAAAAUGCGAUCUCCUUCCUUCCCCUUUCUCCCCUCGUUAGUAGCCACAUACGGUACGCGCGGGUAGGUACUACCACCCAACCUAUUUCUGCCGUGAAGCAGUAAUGCGUUUCGGUUUGAAGGGCGGGGCAGCCGUUGUAACUAUACUUGAGACCUUAGAACUUAUAUUUCAAGGUGGGUGGCGCAUUUACGUCGUAGAUGUCUAUGGGCUCCAGUAACCACUUAACACCAGGUGGGCUAUGAGCUCGUCCACCCAUGUAAGCAAUAAAAAAAAACUUAUCAACUCCUGUCCGCUCUCAUUCCUGCCCGAUCUCAGAUUUUUGAACUCCCUAACUGCUUAUCUUAAGUACUGGUGUACUCAAAACACGCACGGUUCAUUACCACGAUCCUGACAUUUCGGCCGCUUUAGUUCCAAAUCUUUUGAAUAGCUGGUAAACAAUUGAGAUAUGAAAGCAUAUCACUGCGCCUUCCACUUCUUCUCUAAAAGACUGAAGCGGCGACGGUAUAUAAAUAAACAAACCCGUUAUACAUUUCGACCACAAAUGACGUCACACGUUGCGUUCAGCCGGCUCGUCUAGUUUACGCGGCCACUGAUAGAUUAGACUUGCCCCUUUCCUUGCAGUUAAAUUGUACUAUAAUAAUGUAUCUGGUUAACAUUAGGUUAAGAUAUGUAAUUAUAAAAUCAAAGAAGUUUUUCAUUUGAGUAGGUCUACACAUGCGCUAUUUUAAUUGUCAUAGUUUUACUAUCGAUUCAGAAUGAAGCAGUUUCAACAAAUAGAGGAAUCAGCAAGAAACCUUAAUUUUGCUCUUUGCCAAAUAUUAAUUCAAUUUAAAAAAAAGGAUGUUUUCAAUUUAAAGAGACAGAUCUGCGUCAUUGAGGACAGGCCGUAGUUCUGAUCAUACUGUGGCUGUGUGAAGCAAACAUCAACUCCACGCGCUUAAAGCUUAAAGCCGCUGCGCGCUUUCACAGUUGUGCUUAAUAAUGAUUGAUCGCUUUAGUGUUUAUUGAAUUGCGCUCAAUAUAUUGUGACCCUUAUUUGUAUAUAACGUAUUAUGACCCUUAUAUGUAUAUAACGAGAGUCGAUAUUGAUUAAAUAGGUGUAUUGUGUUAAAUGAUGUUAUCUUUUUAACAUGUACUUAACUUUAUUAUUUGUUAAUUCGGUUGUUAUAUUUUACGUUUUUAUUAAUAAAUUAUUAUAUUGUUCGUUUUAA